AUGUUCGCGGGCGAAAUGACAUAUGUCCGCCCAUUCACUGCUUCCUACAAACCCCAGGUACCUGAUAAAGGGGCGAAGAGCAUCGAGCUCGCUCGUCUAGAUCCUGUUCAUCGCCCCUCGAGUGAAGCGGCGAAACACAAGAAACUGGCGAAUCCUAAAGCCGUCGAUGUUACUGUUAACCCACUGACGGACCAGAAGGUAUCACUCAUUCACAACCGGUCCAUAUGCCAGAUGUGCUAUGAAGGUUGCCUCGGCGCUGGGAUUGAAGAAGAUCAGCUCGGCUGA